AUGGGGCCCUGCUGUGCCCUGCGCUGGGCAGCUCUGGCUGGCUGCCUGCUUGCUGUCAGGGGCUGUGUCACCUGUGACGACAGGGUGAAGGCGGCGCUACAGUCCCUGGAGAACGAUUACCUGCCUAGCCAUCUGGAUACUCAAUAUCACAAGAAUGUAAUGAAGAGGGUCCAUGAGGCCCUGAAGCAAUUUGAGGACCAACCUUUUCAAGAGGAGUCCUACAUGGGUGUCCUUGAUGAGAACUACCUGGACCAAGUAGCUUGGAGUUUCUUGAAAGAUCUGAAACGCAUCACAGACAGCGACGUGAAAGGUGAAUUAUUCGUCAAGGAGCUGUUCUGGAUGGUGCAGCAGCAAAAAGAGCAGUUUGUCCGCAUGGCGGCACAGUUCCAACAAGAGGCUUAUUGUCCCAACAAAUGUGGGACCAUGUUACAGGUUAUGAUAUGGUGCAGUAGCUGCAAGAAGAAGAUUCACCCUUGCCGCAAAUCCAAGGACUGUGGGGAGCGCAAGGUCGAAGUGCACCUGUUGGAAGACAUGAUGCUGGACUGCAAGCUCCCCUGGCAUCAGGCUUCCCAAGGCCUCACCGACUACAGCUUCUACAGGGUUUGGGUGAACAAGUCUGAGACCCUGCUGGCCAAGGGGAAGGAGCCCUUCCUGACCAAACCGUCGGUGAGUCCGGAAGAUGCAGGCAGUUACCGCUGUGAGCUGGGCACUGUGAACUCGGGCCCAGCCACCAUCAUACAUUUCCAAGUCACAGUGCUGCCCCUGAAGGCCAAGGAGGAGGAGCAGCCGCCAAACGUCGUGGUCAACACGGAAGAUAAUGCAGGCGAGGCGAUCCCCAUCCCGGUCCCGGCAGGCCCGGGGUCCUCGUCCCCACCUCUGCAGCCCCCGCAGCCCGAGAGCAUGCUGAGGAACCGCUUGGUGGGGCUGCUCAUCUGCUGCAUCGCGGUGCUGAUAGCCGGCGUCGCCACCGCGAUGCUGUGCCGGGGCAAGGGGCUCACGAAGACCCAGUCCUCCCACCUGGACCUGGAAGAGAAAGCUUCUUCCUCCAAGAUGUCACAGAAGACCACCGACUGA